AUGUCUUCGUAUUCAGUUUCUUCUGGCCUUCAAAAUGCAUUAAUAGAAUCAACAUCUCUCGUCUUAGAUGAUUCACUGCUUAAUUAUGAUGUUGUUAUUCAGUUUCAUUCCGCCGAGGGUUUACCAAGAAAGGAUAUCGUUGGAUAUGCUGAUCCAUAUUUUAUAGCAAAUAUUGAUGAUCAAAUAUCAUUUACAUCAACCAUUCUAUCCAAUACAGCAACACCUAAAUGGGAUGAUGAAAAAUGGAUUAUUCGUAACAUUCCAUUGAAUGCAAAACUUACUGUUAAAAUCUAUGAUAAAGAUGAUGAGAAAAUUUUUGAUGAUUACAUUGGUGAAUUUGAGGUUCUCAAUCUAAUUAAUUAUCAUGCACCACCAAAAGGUCAUCAAAUAAAUGGUCUAUUAAACUAUCCUUGUGGUUAUUUUCAUUUAUCUAUUCAUUCAAUAAAAUCAUCAGAAGAAACAAAACAUCUCCCUCCUUAUACAUUUGAUGGUCCUUGUCGAUAUUCUUGUCACAAUUCAUUUGCUGUUGGUCGUUUAACUAUGCUAAAUGCGGAUUGUGUUUAUUCAACAUGGAAAAUAAAUCUAAGAAGAAUUUCAGUUUUUUUUAAACCUCAACAAAAACAACAUUGGAAUACCAAAUACAAAGCAGCACAAGCUAUAUUUGGACAUGGUCCUACCUCAUUAGCAUCAUUGGCUACAAUCAAGUUAGCACAUAAAGUGCUUUACGGUCGAACAUUAAAACAUCAUGAAAAUGGACAAUUAACUAAUGCUAAUGAUCUUUGGAAAUUAAUUUUUUCAGAUCGAACAACACAAUGUAUUAAACCUUGUAUUUAUACAUAUGUUAUUGAUGAUAAUACAUGGCGUUUUAGUGAAACUGAUGUUCAAUUUUUUGCUGAUUUGGCAAGUAAACAUGCAUUAUUAGCUAAUGGAUCAGAAUAUGUUCGUUAUGCUGGUGAAUUUCAUCCACGACCAAAGUAUGGAUGGGAUAAAUGUGAUGAUGAAUGGGAAUUAGUAUUCGACAAUGGAUCUGGCACUUACUCUCCUAAUUCUGAUCUAUUGAUUAAUUUAAAAGAAUUAUUAUUAUUCAAUUUUCCUGGACUAAAUAUAGUUACAUAUGAAUAUAAAGAUCCAAGACUGAAAGAAAGUGUGACACAGUUAAAACGCGAAAUGGAAAAAUAUAAACAUAAUACAACAACAAUUCAACACCUUGUUAUGUCUUUGCCAGAUUCAACUGAAGAGAAGAUUUGA